AUCGUAUUGAUGUUAGAAUUGUUAGACACGCCUAGAGCAAUUGUUUUACAUUUUACCCAUUUCUUGCCUUUUAAAAUUGUGUUAUUUUACGAAUUUAAUUAAAAAUAAACUUGUUUUUUAUUGAAAAAGUAGUGUUAGUGUCGUAUUUUCAUUGCAACGGUGUGAAAACAAGUCAACGAUGGCGACUAUGACGGAUCAGUAUGGCACAACAGGUACCUUGUCCCUGAAAUGGGAUCCUCGCAACUUGGAGAUCAGAACCAUGUCAGUGGAACGCACACUGGAACCUCUAGUGCUCCAAGUCACUACCCUAGUAAAUAACAAAGACCGGGACGCCAAAAAGAAGAGACCUGGCAAGUCAAAGCGUGCGAGCGCAUUAGUGGCUACUGUGGAACGAGCCACGGAGAUCUUCAUAGAACGAGGUCAGACCAUAGCCUAUGAGAAUCCAGAGAUCACUCAGCAGAUGCUGACGGCUGUCGAAGAUGUAAGGAAAGCCGGAGCGACAAUGAGCGUCUCGGCUCGCGAGUUCUCGGACCAGCCGUGCGCUUCCUCGGUGCGCUCCGGCAUGGUGCGCGCGGCCCGGGGGCUACUGUCCGCCGUCACGCGCCUCCUCAUCCUGGCGGACAUGGUGGACGUGCAUCUGCUGCUGUCCAAGCUCACUGCGGUGGAGCAGGAUCUGGACAAAUUAAAGGCUGCGUCGUCCCAGUCGGAGGUGGUGGAGCUGGCGCGGCAGUUCGGCCACUCCGCCGCGCAGCUCUCCGCCGCGGCAGGGAAGCGGCAGAACGAGCUCAAGGAGCCCCGCAUGAAGGACGAGCUGGCUGCGGCCCGGGCCGUGCUGAAGAAGCACUCGACGAUGUUAUUGACAGCCUCUAAGGUGUACGUGCGCCACCCGGAGCUGGCCGCGGCCAAGGCCAACCGCGACUACGUGCUGCGCCAGGUCUGCUGCGCCGUCGACACCAUCGCCUCCGUCGCCAAGGGACAGCCACUGCCCGACGGGAGCAGCCGCGCGACAGACGGCCCUGGGGAGCUGGCCCAGGCCCUCGACGACUUCGACGAACGUAUGGUCAUGGAGCCCUUACAGUAUUCGGAGCUGCGCACUCGACCUUCGCUGGAGGAGAGGCUGGAGUCCAUCAUCUCCGGGGCCGCGCUCAUGGCCGACAGCUCGUGCACCAGGGACGAGCGGCGCGAGCGCAUCGUGGCGGAGUGCAACGCCGUGCGCCAGGCGCUGCAGGACCUGCUGCACGAGUACAUGGCCAACGCCGGCAAAAAGGAGCAGUCGUCGGGGCUGGAGCGCGCCAUCGAGUCCAUGUGCCGCAAGACGCGGGACCUACGGAGACAGCUGCGCAAGGCGGUGGUGGACCACGUGUCCGACAGUUUCCUGGAGACGAACGUGCCGCUGCUGGUGCUGAUGGAGGCGGCUCGGAACGGCAACGAAAAGGAGGUCGAGGAGUACGCCCUCGUGUUCACGGAGCACGCCAACAAACUCGUUGAGGUGGCGAAUCUGGUGUGCUCCAUGUCGAACAACGAGGACGGCGUGAAGAUGGUGCGCCACGCCGCCGACCACAUCGAGGCGCUGUGUCCGCAGGUGGUGAACGCGGCGCGCGUGCUGGCGGCGCGGGCCCGCUCGCGCGUGGCGCAGGACAACGCCGCGGCCUUCGCGCACGCCUGGGAGCGCGCCGUGCGUCUGCUCACCGAGGCCGUGGACGACAUCACCACCAUCGACGACUUCCUCGCCGUCAGCGAGAACCACAUCCUCGAGGACGUGAACAAGUGCGUGGUGGCGCUGCAGGAGGGAGACCCCGACUCGCUGGAGAGGACCGCCGGCGCCAUCCGGGGGAGGGCCGCCAGGGUGUGCUCCGUGGUGACGCAGGAGAUGGACAACUACGAGCCCUGCAUCUACACCAAGCGCGUGCUGGAGGCGGUCACCGUGCUGCGGGACCAAGUCAUGUCCAAGUUCGCGGUGCGCGUGGACGCGGCCGUGUCGGCGCUGGGAGGCGGCGCCGGCGGAGCCCUAGACGAGAACGACUUCAUAGACGCGUCUAGACUCGUCUAUGACGCCGUCCGGGAGAUACGCCGGGCGGUGCUCAUGAACCGGACCAGUGACGAUUUGGACACGGACACAGAGUUUGAGCCGGUCGAGGACAUGACAAUGGAGACGAGGAGCCGAUCGAGCGCUCACACGGGCGAGCACGGAGUCGACGAGUACCCGGACAUUAGCGGCAUCACUAACGCCAGGGAAGCGAUGCGUAAAAUGACCGAAGAGGACAAGAGGAAGAUCCUGCAGCAAGUCGAGCUGUUCAGGCGCGAGAAGAUGUCGUUCGACAACGAGGUCGCCAAGUGGGACGACGCCGGCAACGACAUCAUCAUGCUCGCCAAGCACAUGUGCAUGAUCAUGCUCGAGAUGACAGACUUCACGAGAGGUCGCGGCCCCCUCAAAACCACCAUGGACGUAAUAAACGCCGCCAAGAAGAUAUCCGAAGCCGGAACCAAACUGGAUAAGCUGACCAGGGAGAUCGCCGAACAGUGUCCCGAAUCCUCUACUAAACAAGACUUGCUCGCCUACCUCCAACGGAUCGCUCUGUACUGCCACCAGAUACAAAUAACCAGCAAGGUGAAGGCGGACGUGCAGAACAUAUCAGGAGAGCUCAUCGUGAGCGGGCUGGACAGCGCGACGUCCCUGAUCCAGGCGGCCAAGAACCUGAUGAAUGCGGUCGUGCUCACCGUGAAGGCUUCGUACGUCGCCUCCACCAAGUACACCCGCCAGGGGACCAUCGCGAACUAUUCUCCGAUAGUGGUUUGGCGCAUGAAGGCCCCCGAGAAGAAGCCCCUCAUCAGGCCCGAGAAGCCGGAGGAGGUGAGGGCGAAGGUCCGCCGCGGCAGCCAGAAGAAGCAACCAAGCCCGAUCCACGCUCUGGCGGAGUUCCAGAGCCCCGCCGACAGCGUCUAGGUACAAAAAUCGAUUGAAAUUAAUAUCGAAAAUGUAUUAAAAAAAAAUUAUAUGUGAUUAUUAUUAUGACAUUUUAGUAUUAAACUUAUUAGUAUUAUAUCUAAUAUAUCAAAAAUAAAAACAGACUGUUUGUUUGUCACGAAUUCUCGUCUCGAUUAAACCCGAAUAUGGAUAUAGGGCUAUAAAGCUAGUGCAUACAACAGCUGAGUUCUCGUAUAACCUCCCCGUGUGGACCAGCCUUUAUAUUGUACUAGUUUGACAAGAGCAUCGGAUUGUGCGUGCCGAGCUGUGGACCGUGGACUCCACGUGUACAGGCCCUGAUAUACACAACAUACAGAGCGGGUUUCGAUUGAAAUCAAAGAAAUUUACAUUCAGAUGCUCGGUAGGGUCCUGUGACGUCACGAACGUGCGAGAGAGAUGCCGAGAUGCGUGCUCUCUCUCUCUCAAAGAAAUUUACAUUCCGAUGCUCGGUAGGGUCUUGUGACGUCACGAACGUGCGAAAGAGAAGGCGAAAUGCGUGCAGUGCUUGCUCACUCUCUCUGUCUCUCCCUCAAAGAAAUUUACAUUCGGAUGCUCGGUAGGGUCUUGUGACGUCACAAGCGUGCGAGAGAUGGUGAGAUGCACCGGAUGCACGCUCUCCUUCUCUCUCUCUCUCUCAAAGAAAUUUACAUUCAGAUUAUGCUCGAUAGAGUCCUGUGAAGUCACGAACGUGCGAUAGAGAUGGCGAGGUGCACUCUCUCUCUCUCCCCCCCCCUCUCUCUUAUAUCUCUGGAUCACAACCGUAAAGUAUUAGUGUAGAUUACGAUGCACGAAGCCAAGUCAUUGAUGUUCAAGUUAUAAGAGGGGUUAAAUGAAGUGGUUGUGAUGUGGUGGCCUCUUGAGAGCCUCUCGGUUAAGAAUUCGCAGAUUUGAGACCGAAUCGAAGUGUAUACUCACCGAUGAUCACGAGCACUCAUCGAUGCUCACGAGCACUCAUCGAUAUAUAUUUCCAAUAAUAUGUACGUUAUUUUAAUAUAAGAUUGGUAGUGUCUGUUUAGAAUUAGUGAUUCCUCAAUGUAUCGAACAAUAAUGAUUGUUAGCCAAAUUUUAUAAACACGUAUUUUUAGUAUAGCCUUGUAGUCUGUUAGAUGUACGUUAGCAAGCA